AUGAAUUUACAUUCUGCAUUUUUGGUAUGCAAUUGGUUUGGCGCAUUUCCUAUUGUAUACGAUACUAAUAAUAGGUCGUUCUCAAUUUCAAAAUUUGGGCUCUUGUUCACUUUCGUAUAURUUGUGAUCGUCGGAUUACAAAUAUACACUCAUUUGACAAUGCUAUUUUUCGGUGCUAUAAAGAAAACGUCGGCCGUCACAUCUAUCGUGUUGAGCAUCAACGGGAUAGGAUUGCUGUGGAUGUUAAUAAGAAGAAUGGUGUUUGUGAAGAACACAGUUAGAUGUUACAACAGCUUGUCCGAAUGGCCAGUUGAAAUGUCGAUACGAAAAUCGUCAAUUAUAAUUCUGUACGCCAGCACAGUGGCCGUGUUCAUCGAAUUCAUCGGAGAUAACAUUGAUAGACGUAUGAAAAACAAGCCCAUGAACUUGGACAACAUUACUACCUAUGCUUUUUUGGGAUUAGAAAUGCAAUUUAUUCACACGUUCCACGUGGUUGGUCGAUUGUACAGUGAUUUGAACAACUACGUAGAGUCGGGCCUAAUCGACGACUUGGAACGGAUACGUCAAGCUCGAAAACGGAAUCUCGUGUUGUACACAUUUUGCAAAAAGUUCAACUUACACUACAACUUGGAAUUGAUCAUACUCUUGUCGUGUUACCAACUGUACGUGCUGUUGGUGCUGUUUAAGCUCAUGAAUAACGUGGCCAUGAGUAUUGCGACGGAAAAUUUUAUUUACAACUUAGUAAGCUUGAAAGUUAUCAUCAGAAUAAUACGUAUGACAAGAUUAUUUGUGGUUUUUAUUUACUUUAUAGAGUCAAGUUCUUAUUUACACAACAAGGUAAUGYAUCUAUUUUGUAAAGUAUAA